AUGGCGCGGCCGCUGGCGCUGCUGCUGCUCGUCCUCCUCGCCGGGCUCCUCUCGUGUCCCGGCGCCACGGCCCGCUACGCGCCUGACUGCGCCAAGUAUGGGAAGUAUGCAUGUCCAAGGGACUACCAUCCAGUCUGUGGCACUGAUGGAGAGACCUACGGAAACGAGUGUGUGCUCUGCCUUGCUAACAGUGAAGAUCACACAAAUAUAGAAAUUCUCCGAAAGGGACAUUGCUGA